AUGUCUGAUGUAUUUAGUGAAAUUGAUUUAAGUGAUAAUGCAACAACAAAUGAAUCUAUUGAAUCACCAACUAAUCUUCGAGCACAUCGAAAAAAUUUUUCAUCAUCACAUAAACAUAUUCCAAAUUCAUCAUCACCACCAACAAAUCAAAUAAAUCCUUCAUUAUAUCUUAAUAAUUCAUUACAUGAAAUAACUUCACCUUCACCAUCAUCAUCAUUAUCAUUUAUUGAUAGUAAUAAUUCCAUAUCAUCACCAACAUCUACUCGAUAUUCACCUUCAUCAUCAAUAUCAUCACCUGUACCAACGACAAUCUCAUCGGAUUCAUCAUCAUUAUCACCAAAGAAUUUAACACGUUCAGCUGCUUCUAUUGAUUUAACAAAACAAAUAUUUAAUUUUCCCAUUACAAGACAAGAUUCAAUUAUUGAUUCAUUAUUAUCUGCUAUAUAUGAACGUGAUGGAAGUAUUUAUGGUUUAUCAUCAUCACAAGAUAGUGAUACAGUCACAACAGGUGAUUGUACGGAUCAAUCAAUGAAUAUUCGUCGAUUUAGUGAUUCUUCUAUGUUACAUGAUAAUAAUACUGUCUUUUCAAAAUCAAAUCUUGCAAAUAAAAGUAUACAAGAAUUGCGACAUUUGUGUGCUCAUAUGCAACAAGAAAUAAGUCAAGCAAAUGCAAUACUUGUGAAAAAUCUUCGUCAUCGUGAUAAAAAUCUAUCUAAAUUAAAACGAAAUUGUGAUAUUAUUACAGCUAUUUUACAAGCAGCUUCACUUAAAAGACUUUCCGUACGUGAAUAG